ACAUAGGUCUCCCUCUCUACUAAACAAAUAUAUGCAGAUAAUUAAAUAUCCUCAUUAAAUAUAACAACUAGAACACCUACACGAAUACCAAGCAUCUUCAUUUAGCGCCUAUGUAUACAGGUGAGUGAUGGAACUAAUCAAUUGAACAUUCUGUACCUGUGUAUCGUAAAGCAGACAAGUUGAAUGACCUCAAUAAUGGCGCAAGUUCUCCUCCACUCCCCCCACCCACACCUAACUCACACUCCACCACGGGUCUUAUACAGGAAGAAUACAGGUACACGAAAUGCACCAUCACGAGUUGCGCGCACAUCACCAGACUCUGAGUAAGCGGAAGCCGUACAAGUGCAUGACAAAGCAUCUCAUCCUACCGUGGGGGAUUAGCCUUUGUUCAAUCAGCUCAUCCCAUCCUUGUAUAUCCUUCUACCUCAUUGAGCUCCACGAUUCACCUGCCGUCUCGUUUCCUCUCAUCGCAUCUAAAUAAUACUGAAGGACGCAAAGUAUUAGAUAACCAAUGCAAAGACUGCCUUAGAGUGGUGUAACACUGAACGAGCGUCUGGUACCGAUGCACUGAGGGGGAGGAGCCAAGCCAAGGCCAAACACUCCCGACACUCGCCCACCAGUCCACAGUCGUUCGAUAAGCUACGUUGGUGAUAGAGGAAUUUUCCCUGUGGUCGUCUUCAUUCUGUAAGCUUGUCUCCCGGUUAUCUGAGUGGCAAGAAGAAUGUGUGAUAUCAGUGAAUGCAAAUGAGUGUUGUGGAUUGAUGAUAAAGGCACAUGAGUGGGGAAUGAAGGCCGUGUGUGUGUGGUGUGGUGUUCACUGCUCGCGGCUUUAGUGAGUGCCGGUGCAGAGUAACAAUAAACACAUAACACAACCCUGCCAGCUGUCAGUGUCCUUUUUCGUAGAUCCUGCCCGCUCUACCACACCCGGCCUCGGCAGUCCUCUCAUCCCGCAGCGUGACUAAUAUUCCCUUCACGACAUGGACGUGGAACCGCUGCUCAGGGGCGCCUCUUCAACCUCUGAUUACGGAACUAACGACGGAAAGCGGAAUGGUGGCUCCAGGAAUGCCGCCGACGAGGAUGACGAAGCGACUGCCGUGGUGACUCCUGCAAGAUGGUACCUGACUGGCUGCCAGAUAGCGGUGUUGGUGCUGGCGGUGCUGGCGAUUGUGCUGAGUGUGGCUAUGCUUGCUGGGGGCUACAAGGCAAUCCUCAACAAUGCCCUUCAUGAGCAACUGGUCAUCAAGAAAGGCUCAAAGGCAUACGAUAUGUGGAAGGCAACUCCUGUUCCUCUGUCCCUGAAACUUUACGUCUUCAACCUGACCAACCCUGAAGAAUUCAAGAACGGGUCCAAGCCGGUGCUGGAUGAGCUGGGCCCAUAUGUCUGGAGAGAGUACCACAAGAAGCAAAACGUGACCUUCCACCCCAACGACACCGUGACUUACCUGCAGCAGCGGUGGUGGGUGUGGGACCAGCAUGCUUCGGGGAACCGCUCCCAGGACGACCUCAUCAUCACCCUCAACACCAUUCCUGUGGCUGCAGCGUAUGGCUUGAGGAACUCAAUCCCCUUUCAGGCCUUCCUUGACUUGGGCUUGAAGAGUGUGGGUGAGCAGCUGACGGUCAGCACCACUGCCAGGAAGCUUGUGUUUGAUGGAGUGAAGGACCCUCUGCUUGACUGGGUACAGAAAAACGUGGUGAACAAGAAAGGAAAGUACCACAUACUUUAUCCGUUCUUCGAGGGAACCGCAGUGGCUGAGUUUGAAAAGUUUGCCUGGUUUUUUAAGCGUAACCUGUCCCUAACGUAUGACGGAGAGUUCAACAUGAUGACUGGGGAAGACACGCUGGAUAAUCUGGGGAGGAUUGACAACUGGAACGGCCGUAACAGCACCAGCUUCUACACGCCGCCCUGCAAUGAAGUGACGGGCUCAGCUGGGGAACUCUUCUCCCCUCACCUCAGCCGAAAGGAUCUCAUUUUCUUUAGCUCUGAUCUCUGCAUGAGUGCCAAGCUGUUCUUCAAGGAGGAGGUGAAUGACUACGGGGGCCUGACUACCUACCGCUACUGGGGCACCAACCACACCUUCGCUAAUGGCACUACUGUCCCUGGCAAUGAGUGCUACUGUGUUGGCAAGACAUGCGCUCCGAUGGGUCUCCUCAAUGCCGAGUCUUGCCGCAUGGGUGCCCCGGCGUUUGUAUCCUUCCCUCACUUCUAUGCCGCUGAUCCCUUCCUUCUCAAUGGUGUGGAGGGCCUGGCACCUGACGAGAAGAAACAUUCCCUCUUCCUGGAUGUUGUGCCAAACUUGGGUGUGCCUGCUGAUGUAUCCAUCAAGCUACAAAUCAACAUCCACGUGACACCUUUCCCAAGUAUCAGCCUGCUGGAACGUGUCCCUGACGUGUACCUGCCUAUGCUGUGGUUUGAGGUGCAGGGCGGCAUGACACCAAGCAUUGCCUCUCAGAUGAAGAUGCUUGUCUACUUCAUGAACUCCAGUGUGCCCAGUGUGGUGGUGUGGUCGGUGAUCAUCUGCCUGGCAGUGUUGGCGAUGGUGGUGGUGCUGCUGGUCGCCUGGAGAAGGAAUAGUAGCUAUGACCUGGUGACCUAGUUUGUUAGUGAUCAAUGCAUUUUGUUGUUGUUUACUGUAUCUGGCCAUGUCUUGUUUUGCUAUCACUGUCUUCUCUUACUACUUUCUUGUCCAUGUUCUUUUAGUUGCCUUGUGCUCCUGUAGUUAUUACAAUUAUUUUUCUUCUCCUUUUUGGUGGUGUGUGUGUGUGUGUGUGUGUGUGUGUGUGUGUGUGUGUGUGUGUGUGUGUGUGUGUGUGUGUGUGUGUGUGUGUCAAUAAGGCUAAGUUGUGUUUAGUUUCUGUUACUUCAAUUUCCUUCAGAGUAGGCAGUAGUAAUUUUACUUCUCAAGGCACUGAGGUUGGGCAUGGCAAAGCAUGAAGGAGCAUUUAACAGUGUGGAAAAAAACAUUUUCCCAAAUGUUCUUAUUCCAAAGUAAAUUAAUUUGACUCAUUGGAUCCUCUGUGAAAAUGCCAAAAGACAUGUCACUUUCAGGGAUGGCUCGGACAAGGAAAUUAUCUGUCUUGAUUUCAGCAUGGAUGAUGUUGCACUUAUGUACUGCUUAAAAAAUUGAGAAUAUUUCUACCAUGAAGAACAUGGCAAUAUCUUAAGGCAUGGUUUUGUCUAAAGAACAAUAUCUAUUAAGAACCUUUAAAAGAGUAAAAGAGUAUGAAAUACAUGGUACUGGUUCACAAGAGCUGAUCCACUGGAGAAGAAAUAUCCUCUAUCACAGUUCAUGACACUGUUCAUAAUUCUAUGUCAACACUUGGAGACUAAGGCGUUGUCUCAACUCAUGGCAAAUGUAAAAUGUCUGUGUGUGUGUGUGUGAAGAAAAGUAAUCUAGUAAUCUAGACAAACGGACGCAUCAUAUUGUCGUCCUAAUAUUGUUGUAAACUAUCAUUGAAUAUCACUUUUGUUAUAUUUUAAAGACACUUUUUACAAGUUAAUGUUAAGCUUCAAUGAGUCACUAGAUAUUGUGAUAUAUAAAGGCUGUGCUACUUGA